UCCAACUCUUUUGUCACGUGACCCGGCCUUGGCUGGGUCCGGGUUUCCCCACUGCCGGACCACGUGUGACGGCAGAACCUUCCGAUUGGCUCAGCGGGACCAGUUUGAACAGAGUACGGAAGCCGCCGCGGUUCAUCUACGGCCGCGUGUUUUUUUUUUUUAAUUCCCUGUCUUUGGCUCCCUCCUUCCGCGUGAGUCUCUGGAGAAGCCUCAGCGCGAGGCGCCGCCGCUGCUGCCCGGGGCCGGCUCGCCUUGCGCCAUGGACUGGCAGCCAGAUGAGCAGGGCCUGCAGCAGGUCCUGCAGCUGCUCAAAGACUCGCAGUCGCCUAACACAGCCACGCAGCGCAUCGUGCAGGAUAAACUCAAACAACUCAACCAGUUUCCUGAUUUCAACAACUACCUGAUCUUCGUCCUGACAAGACUCAAGUCAGAAGAUGAGCCAACCCGCUCUCUCAGUGGCCUCAUUCUCAAGAACAAUGUGAAGGCGCAUUACCAGAGCUUCCCGCCACCCGUGGCCGACUUCAUCAAACAGGAGUGUCUCAACAACAUUGGCGAUGCAUCCUCGCUCAUCCGAGCCACCAUCGGCAUCCUCAUCACCACCAUCGCUUCCAAAGGCGAGCUGCAGAUGUGGCCCGAGCUGCUGCCCCAGCUGUGCAACCUGCUUAACUCAGAGGAUUACAACACCUGUGAGGGAGCCUUCGGAGCCCUGCAGAAGAUCUGUGAAGACUCGUCAGAGCUUCUGGACAGCGAUGCCCUCAACAGGCCCCUCAAUAUCAUGAUCCCCAAGUUCCUUCAGUUCUUCAAGCACUGCAGCCCUAAGAUCCGGUCCCAUGCCAUCGCCUGUGUGAACCAGUUCAUCAUGGACCGGGCCCAGGCGCUGAUGGACAACAUUGACACCUUCAUCGAGCACCUGUUUGCCCUGGCCGUGGAUGACGACCCUGAGGUGCGGAAGAAUGUGUGCCGUGCCCUGGUGAUGCUUCUGGAAGUUCGCAUCGACAGGCUCAUCCCUCACAUGCACAGCAUCAUCCAGUACAUGCUGCAGAGGACCCAGGACCACGAUGAAAAUGUGGCCCUUGAGGCCUGUGAGUUCUGGCUGACGCUGGCCGAGCAGCCCAUCUGCAAGGAAGUCCUGGCCUCCCAUCUGGUCCAGUUGAUUCCCAUCUUGGUAAAUGGGAUGAAGUACUCAGAAAUUGACAUCAUUCUGCUCAAGGGGGAUGUGGAGGAAGACGAGGCAGUCCCUGACAGUGAGCAGGACAUCAAGCCGCGCUUCCACAAGUCUCGCACGGUGACACUGCCCCACGAGGCUGAGCGGCCCGACGGCUCUGAGGAUGCAGAGGAUGACGAUGACGAUGAUGCUCUGUCAGACUGGAAUCUGAGGAAGUGCUCAGCAGCUGCACUGGAUGUCCUUGCCAACGUCUUCCGGGAGGAACUGCUGCCCCACCUUCUCCCGCUACUCAAGGGCCUCCUCUUCCACCCUGAGUGGGUGGUCAAGGAGUCAGGCAUCCUGGUGUUGGGAGCCAUUGCCGAGGGCUGCAUGCAAGGCAUGGUGCCCUACCUGCCAGAGCUGAUCCCACACCUCAUCCAGUGCCUGUCAGACAAGAAGGCCCUGGUACGCUCCAUCGCCUGCUGGACAUUGAGCCGCUACGCCCACUGGGUGGUCAGUCAGCCACCUGACAUGCACCUCAAGCCUCUCAUGACGGAGCUGCUCAAACGCAUCCUGGAUGGCAACAAGAGGGUGCAGGAGGCAGCCUGCAGUGCCUUUGCCACCCUGGAGGAGGAGGCCUGCACGGAGCUGGUGCCCUACCUCAGCUACAUCCUGGACACCCUCGUCUUCGCCUUUGGCAAGUACCAGCACAAGAACCUGCUCAUCCUCUACGAUGCCAUCGGUACCCUGGCCGACUCUGUGGGCCACCACCUUAACCAGCCGGAAUACAUCCAGAAGCUGAUGCCUCCACUGAUCCAGAAGUGGAAUGAGCUCAAGGAUGAGGACAAGGACCUCUUCCCACUGUUGGAGUGCCUGUCAUCGGUGGCCACUGCCCUGCAGAGCGGCUUCCUGCCCUACUGCGAGCCUGUCUACCAACGCUGUGUCACCUUGGUGCAGAAGACUCUGGCCCAGGCCAUGAUGUACACCCAGCACCCUGAGCAGUACGAGGCCCCUGACAAGGACUUCAUGAUUGUGGCACUGGACCUGCUCAGUGGCCUGGCUGAGGGCCUGGGUGGCCAUGUGGAGCAGCUGGUGGCCCGAAGCAACAUCAUGACGCUGCUCUUCCAGUGCAUGCAGGACUCGAUGCCCGAGGUCCGGCAGAGCUCCUUCGCCCUCCUGGGGGACCUCACCAAAGCCUGCUUCAUCCAUGUCAAGCCCUGUAUCGCUGAGUUCAUGCCCAUCCUGGGCACCAACCUGAACCCCGAGUUCAUUUCUGUCUGCAACAAUGCCACUUGGGCCAUCGGCGAGAUCUGCAUGCAAAUGGGGGCAGAGAUGCAGCCCUAUGUGCAGAUGGUCCUGAACAACCUGGUGGAAAUCAUUAACCGACCCAACACGCCCAAGACGCUGCUGGAAAACACAGCCAUCACCAUCGGCCGCCUGGGCUAUGUGUGCCCACAGGAGGUGGCACCCAUGCUGCAGCAGUUCAUCCGGCCUUGGUGCACGUCGCUCAGGAACAUCAGGGACAAUGAGGAGAAGGACUCUGCCUUCCGGGGCAUCUGCAUGAUGAUCGGUGUCAACCCCGGGGGCGUUGUGCAGGACUUUAUUUUCUUCUGCGAUGCUGUAGCCUCCUGGGUGAGCCCGAAGGAUGACCUUCGGGACAUGUUUUAUAAGAUUCUCCACGGCUUCAAAGACCAAGUCGGGGAGGACAACUGGCAGCAGUUCUCAGAGCAGUUCCCACCGCUGCUCAAGGAGAGGCUGGCAGCCUUCUACGGGGUUUAGGCGAACAUGGAGACUGCCAGGUUUCUGUCUGCGUCGUCGUCGGAGGGAUUGCUGGGGAACGCGCUGCGUCCAGAAGUCGCUGUGCCCUGGUCGAGGGGGGUUAGGGAGGAGUGAGUGGGACCCAAAUCCAGAUGCUUUCCCCGUCCAUCCGUCUGUUCGUCCGUCCACCUGCCUUGUUGGGCUUGUCGGCUGGCAGGCGGGCAGGUGGGUGGGGCCUCCAUGCUCAUCCUACAAACAGGGAGGGGGGUGGGACUUUGUGGUGGGCAAGGGCCCCUGGGUGCUCACUGAGGUCCUCUCUGGCAGCCCCCCUGGGCCAGCUGCGUGGGAGGGAGGAAUCAACACAGCCAACCGAGUCUGGCUUGAGGCAAAGGGCAAGCAGGAAGGGCGGGGGGGUCCUUGUAGGGAUGUGUAACGCUUACACGGACACACAUGGCCACACGCAUGUGCGGGUGCUGGAGCCAGCGAGGCUGGGCCAGCUGCCCCACCAUUUCCCCGACUGCAUGGAGACAGUAGAGUUAGUGAACCCCUGAGUUAACCCGUAAGGCCUUCCGUGUAACCUGCAUCUAGAGUUUAAGAAGCUUCUGCUGUUUUGCCAGAAUUGGCGGUGACUGGGGAGGGCUGGGUGGGUGGGGGGCCUCAGCUGGGACCCCGGGGCCAGGGGGAGGAGGACGGCUACUUUGGGGCAGCCCUGUCAGCACGCGCAUGCUUAGGACCUGCUCCGCACACUUCCUGCCAGCUUUGUGGCAGCCUCAGCCAGUGUGUCGCCAUCCUUGUCCUAGCCCAGCCAGCAGGGUGGGGACCACCAGGGCAGCUGGGGCUGGCCAGAGGUUGCCCUUUCUCCCUCCCCUGUGCUCCAGCGGCUUUUGAAGACACUGAGCUGGGACCUUUUUCCUGAAGAGAGCUGGGGGCGACCAGGACUGCUGGCACCUACCCACUGCGACUCUCUGUCAGCAGCCUGAAGGGCAGUGUGUUCCUCUGCUUCUGAGAGUUCCUUUUUCAUGCGUCAGGCGCAAGUUUUAACUCAACAGCCAGGAUGGGAGCAUUUAAUUGAUGACAGAGGACAAAGGCUUAUGUAUUGCCACCAAAAAGGAAACCCAAGGGCUUAGAGGAGGGGAAGGUGGUGUACCUGCUGUCCCCCACUCCAUCACCCUGGGACUUCCUGCUCAUUAUGGCAUCCAGUGGGCCCAGACUGGGGCAGCAAUUCUAGAGAACCUUCUGGGAUUGGUUGGGGAUAUGGUCAGGGUGGGAGGGGCUCCCACAGAAGGGGAGGGGGCAUAGUCACUUCCAAGUUGACCAGGAAACUGGGCCCUGCAGUCUCCUUAACAUUAACUGUUUUCCCUUUUUUCCUUCCCUACUUUCUGCUUUUUUUAGGGGGGCCCCUCUUGUUUUGGGGUUUGACUAGAGUCCCACAUCCCUGGGGCCUGCUCCAUCCGUCCCUCCUGGGCCCUGGAUCCCAUCCCUAUCCUAGCCCUGUGUCUUCUGAUGGUCAGGGUCAGGCGCUGCCUCUAUUCCAAGGGGCACUUAGUGCACAUUCCAUAACUCAGCUGUCCCCCCCCCCCCCCCCCCCCCCCCCCGUGAAACUCGAGCAGGUCUCUGGAAGCCAUUUGUAAAAAAAGAAAAAAAAGAAAGUUUUUUAAUACCUUUUAAUUUUCUGGUAAUUCCAGUUCUUUGGAGCAUCGUCCAUGGGGUCUGGGGUGUGUGGAUGGAUUGGCUGUCUGAUGGGAUUGGUGAGCCCCUCUCCACCCAAGAUAGGGGGCUCCAAUCCAAACACCUUCAGGGAAGAGGAGCCUAGUUCUUUUUUUUUUUUUUUAAGAAAGCUAUUUAAUUUUUUAAUUUAUUUUUGGUUGGUUUUUGCACAACGAAGUUUCAGCUUUUCAACCUUCUCCCCUGCUCAGGGCUGUGGACCCAGACUGGCCUUGAUCCGCAGUCCUCUCUCCAUGUUUCCCGUAUCCCUCCUUCCCUCCUCACCGUCUUCCCCCUGCGGGCUCCCGGAUCUGUCCAUUUGUUACUGUGCUGUGCUGGGGACUGGCGCCGAGGCGGCGUGAGAUUCCACUUGUGUAGAACUUUGUUGAGUAAAGAUCAGUUUCUUGUGAA